UAACAGUCACUAUAAUCUAUAACUGCAUAAUAAUUCCUUGCAAGCAUCUGUAUAAGCCCCAGUAGUAUCUGAUUAACAGACAUAUGAUAUAGGCACACAAUAUGUCCCUCACCAUGCUCUCCCUUCUCAUCGUCAGUUACUACAUCCUGAGAAGUGUUUAUCGCCUCCAUUUUCACCCUCUAAGCAAGAUACCGGGGCCCCCACUCGCAGUAGUUACUCGCUUCCAUGAGUUCUAUUAUGAUGUGGUUAAAGGUGGGAAGUUCUUUUGGGAAGUCGAGAAGAUGCAUAAGAAAUAUGGACCCAUUGUCCGGAUCAACCCUCGAGAAGUGCACAUCAUCGAUCCGGCCAUGUACGAUGAGAUUUACGCCGGUAACAGUCGCAAGCGCAACAAGGACUCAGUGUUUGUCUCCUCCUUCGCGUCUCCCUUUUCCGCCAUAGCGACGAUCGAUCACGAUCUGCACCGCGCGAGACGGGGUCCGUUGAAUCCAUUCUUCUCCAAGAAAGCCGUGAUGGAUCUCUCGGCGGUCAUUCUCGAGAAGGUCAAGCGACUAUCAUGGCAUCUGGAAAGGGCCCAUGCUGACGGGGCGAUAAUUGCAUUGCACACUGCCUUCGUCGGUCUGACAGGGGAUAUUAUCACCCAUUACCUGUAUGGUCAGGACAACGGAUAUCUAUCGGACCCAGACCUAACCAAGCGGAACCUGGUCUGGGAGCUGAUGUUCGAAGGCACCAGCUCAUGCCAUCUCUUUCGGUUUCUCCCCUUCAUCCCCCGGAUGAUCAAAGCUCUUCCUGCCCGAUGGAUGCGCCUCGUUCGCCCUAAGUUAGCCCAAGUCUACGCGAUGCACGAACAGAUCGCGCAGCAGUCGCAGGAAGUGCCGCUCAACAACGACAAUCACAUCAGUACCGCCGGCGGCUCGAUAUACCAGGCCCUCACGGAUCCCUCCUUAUCCCCCGCAGAGCGCUCCCUGGCCCGUCUGCGUGACGAGAGCUUCAUCGUCCUCAUCGCCGGCACCGAAACCACCGCCGCAACAUUAACCUUCGCGACCUACCACCUCCUGCGCAACAGAUCAAUGUUCCUCCAGCUCCGCGAGGAACUGAAGCAGGUCAUGCCCACCCCUAAAAGCGAGCCCAGAUGGUCUCAACUGGAGCAAUUGCCAUACCUGACAGCCAUCAUCAACGAAGCCCUCCGCCUCAGCGCAACGCCCAUGCGACCAGCCCGAGUCGCCCCGUGCGAGUCCUUACAUUACAAACAAUACACAAUUCCCCCGGGUACCCCAAUCAGCACAAUCAGCUACUUCAUUCACCGCAACCCCCAGAUCUUCCCAGACCCGCACGCCUUCCGCCCAGAGCGGUGGCUCGAAGCCGCUGAAAGAGGCGAGAAUCUCGCUCGCUACCUCGUGCCUUUCGCUAGGGGCAGCAGGAUCUGUAUCGGGAUGAACCUGGCAUACGCUGAGUUGUACAUGACCAUUGCGUCAAUUGUUCGGCGAUUCGACCUCGAGCUCUGCGGUACGCACCCGGAGGAUAUGCAGUUCGUGCGCGAGAAGAUUCUGCAGCGGCCGGAUAAGGGGGUGUGGACGUUGAAGGCGAGGGUUGCGGCGGUUGCGGCGGUUGCGGCGGAAUGA